UGAUUAUAAUUCCCUGUAACCUAAAAUCCAUUCUCUUGGUCUUAUGCACUCUCUCACCAUCAUCACCAUCACCACCUCUGGAAGUUUCAAUCACCAUCAACACCAUCACCAUGACUCCAUAUCUAAAACCCUAGAUUUCUAUCUCUCUACCCAAAAUGGAAGACAAAUACACAGAGCUUCUCUCACGCGCCACCGCAAACCACCUCUUCCUUGCCCAAUUCGAAGCUUUCCGAGCCACCCUCCUCAGCCUCCGCGCCCGCAACCCCGACCUCGCCCUCUCCAUCCUCCAAACCCUCGUCUCCGCCGGCGGCCGCCUCCCCAAGGUUCUAUGGUCUCCCUCCUGCCCCUCUCCUUCCCUCCUCACCUAUCUCUCCACCCUCGAACUCCUCCAAUUCAACGACUCUUCCUCAAUCUGGAGCUUCGAUCCCGACUCCUUGCGAUUGCGCGUAGAAUUCUUGUUGUUCAUUCAAACAAUCAGUUCUAGGGUCUCGGAGAGUCUCCGAAAGGUUGUCGAUUUGGAGGGUAUUGAAAAAGAUGCUGAUAAAUUGGACUCGGAAGAUUCGCGGGCCGAGUUUUUAACUGGAAAUGGGGAAUUGAAGGAGGUAGGUGCCGAUUCGGGUGAAUCUUUGAGGGUCUUGGAUAGAUUAUCAGAUUUGGGUGUGAAUCGGUUGAAGCCCGAUUUGGUUGUUGUUGAGGAGAGGGAAAGCGAGGGGAGCUCUGGUAGUAGUGAUGCGGUGGAGGAGGAGGAGUUGAUGUGUUUGAGGAGAGUGAUUUUGGAUAAUGCAGAUGUGUUUGAUGUGUUGUCUGUGAAUAUUCAGAAACAAAUUCAGUGUGUGGUUGAACAUGAUGAUUCGGGUUUAGCCAUUACUUUACAGAGGGAAAGGAAGCUAUCGGAGGAGGAUAAAGAGGAGGAUGUGAAGGUGCUUAAGUUGAUACAGAGGAUUGUUCAGAUUGUACAUUUAGAUGCUAUGAAGGAAUGCUUGAUUGAGAAUGAUGAGGAAGGAGUGUUGUCUCAUGUUCGGUUUCUUCACUUGGAGUAUGGAGUGGAGGAGACUGAGUACCGUAAUGGGGGAGAGUUGUGGGGUUGCAACAGGGGGGGGAUUGGAGAGUUUGGGUGGCUGCGGUGGUUAGGGUUUGGAUCGACUAGUUUGUUGGGUUGGGGGGGUGGAGUGGUGGAGGGGGGGGUGGGGGGUGGUGGCUGGCCGCUGGGCUGGUGGUCGAAGUUUCUUAUGGAAGAUGAGGGCAUUUUGAUAAAUUUAAGCAUGGUUUUGCAAGAUCUCCUGAAGAGGGUUUUGUCAAGAAAGGCUGAAUAUGGUGAUAACUGGUUAGCCAUGCGAGAUAAAUUGUUGUUAAUUUAUGGAGAAGCUCUUUCAUCAAACUGCAUACGCCUUGUUCAAAUGAUUCAGGUUAUUCAUGAUGAUUUGCUAGCUGAAGAGAUUGAGAUGUUCAAAGCUUCAGAUAACAACCAUAUUCCACCCCCUCUCGAGCAUCUUCAAAGUUUUAUUGCCAACUUGAAACCUGAGACAAAGUCAAACGAAAUUUCAUCUGCCAAAAUGGCAACCGGUUCUUGCAUGAGUGAUAUGUACCAUUAUGCUCGUGUUUCUGGUUUGCAUGUUCUAGAAUGUGUCAUGGAUACUGUGCUGUCUGCUGUGAAGAGGGAGCAGCUUCAAGAGGCUAGCACUGUCCUUUCAUUAUUUCCACGACUUCAACCUCUGGUAGCAGCCAUGGGUUGGGAUCUAUUAUCUGGAAAAACAACAGCAAGGAGGAAACUUUUGCAACUUUUGUGGACAAGUAAGUCACAAGUUUUACAGCUGGAAGAGUCUUCUCUAUAUGGUAAUCAAUCGGAUGAGGUGUCCUGCGUUGAACAUCUUUGUGAUUCAUUAUGUUAUCAGCUUGAUCUUGCUUCUUUUGUGGCCUGUGUCAAUUCUGGUCAAUCUUGGAGUUCAAAAUCCUCACUGCUGUUGUCUCGGAAAGAACCAAUAGGAUAUAUAAGUGAAGAUGCUCUCUUGGAUCCUUUUGUAGAAAACUUUGUGCUGGAAAGAUUAUCUGUUCAGAGUUCCCUUCGGGUUCUGUUUGAUGUUGUUCCGGGCAUAAAAUUUCAAGAUGCAAUUGAACUGAUUAGCAUGCAGCCAAUUACUUCAACUGUAGCAGCCUGGAAGAGGAUGCAAGACAUUGAACUUAUGCACAUGCGUUAUGCUUUUGAAUUUGCUGUUCUUGCACUGGGAGCUAUGGAAAGGAGUAUGACUGAUGAAACAGGAAGCCAUCAUCAAAUGGCUUUGUGCUAUUUGAAGGAUUUGAGGAACCAUCUCGAGGCUAUCAGUAAUCUUCCUCGCAAGAUAUUAAUGGUGAACAUAGUCAUCUCACUUUUGCAUAUGGAUGAUCUUUCCCUCAAUUUGACACAAUGUUUUUCACCUGGGAGCCGUUCAGAAUCGUCUAAUGUAUGCACUGGGGAACAUGCUGAUUUUACAACAUUUGAAGGGGGAAACAAGAUGGUUGUAUCUUUCAUAGGGCUGCUACUUGAUGUAUUGCGACAGAAUCUACCAUCUGCUGUAUUCGAGGAAGAGAAUGCUUUGACUGGCAAUGUACCUACUGAUGGGAUGCAAGUGUUAGAUUGGAGAAUCACGAAUGCUAAAUGUUUCAUUGAAGAUUGGGAAUGGCGUUUGUCAAUUUUGCAACGUCUUCUACCAUUAUCUGAACGUCAGUGGAGAUGGAAGGAGGCAUUGACUGUACUACGUGCAGCCCCAUCUAAGCUGCUUAAUCUUUGCAUGCAAAGGGCGAAGUAUGACAUUGGAGAAGAGGCUGUUCAUCGAUUUCGCUUACCUCCAGAAGAUAAAGCAACACUUGAAUUAGCUGAAUGGGUCGAUGGUGCCUUCAGAAGGGCAUCUGUGGAGGAUGCAGUGUCCCGUGCUGCUGGUGGUAGUGGUGCUGUCCAAGAAUUAGAUUUUUCUUCUUUACGCUCUCAGCUAGGUCCUUUGGCUGCUAUUCUUCUGUGUAUUGAUGUUGCUGCAUCUUCUGCGAAGUCUGCAACUAUGUCCCAAAAGCUUUUGGAUCAGGCUCAGGUCAUGCUCUCUGAAAUUUAUCCUGGAGGUUCUCCAAAGACAGGUUCAACUUACUGUGAUCAGAUUCAUGAAUUUGGGAUUAUUUCUGUAACAAAGCGUGUCCUCAAGCGUUUACAUGAAUUACUAGAACAGGAUAAACCUCCAGCUCUUCAGGCCAUUUUAUCUGGGGAGAUCAUCAGUUCUUCGUCGAAAGAGUUACAGCGGCAAGGGCACAGGGAACGUGCUCUUGGUAUGCUACAUCAGAUGAUUGAAGAUGCUCACAAGGGGAAAAGGCAGUUUCUGAGUGGUAAGCUUCAUAAUCUUGCAAGGGCUGUUGCUGAUGAAGAAAUGGAAAGAGAUUACAUUAAAGGGGAAGGCUCAAAUCACGAUAAAAAAAAUAUUCUAAAUUACGACAAGGAUGGGGUUCUUGGCCUUGGAUUAAGAGCUAUCAAACAGGCUUCACCUAAAUCUGCAACUGGUGAAAAUAAUGUGCAACCUGCUGAUUAUGAUAAGAGAUUGUUCAGGCCCUUAAGUGCUAAGCCAACCACAUAUCUUUCACAGUUUAUCCUCCACAUUGCUGCAAUUGGUGACAUAGUUGAUGGAACUGAUACAACUCAUGAUUUCAACUAUUUCUCACUCGUGUAUGAGUGGCCUAAAGAUCUUUUGACUCGGCUGGUCUUUGAACGAGGCAGCACUGAUGCAGCUGGAAAGGUUGCAGAAAUCAUGUUUGCUGAUUUUGUCCAUGAAGUAAUUUCAGCAUGUGUACCUCCAGUCUACCCCCCGCGGUCUGGACUUGGUUGGGCAUGCAUUCCAUUGAUUCCUACGUCUCCCAAGAGUUUCCCAGAAAGUAAAGUACUUACCCCGUCCUCUAGAGAUGCUAAGCCUAGUUCUUACAGUCGAUCCUCAUCCAUAAAUGGAAUCCCUCUUGGAGUCCCUCUGUACCCUCUCCAGCUGGAUAUUGUCAAGCAUCUUGUUAAACUAUCUCCUGUGAGGGCUGUCUUAGCAUGUGUUUUUGGAAGUGGUAUACUGUGCCGCGGAAGUGAUUCAGCUAUUUGUAGUUCCUUAAAUGAUGGAUUAUUGCAGACACCUGAUGAUGACAGGUUGUUUUACGAGUUUGCUCUUGAUCAAUCUGAGAGGUUCCCAACUUUGAACCGUUGGAUACAAAUGCAAACCAACCUUCAUCGAGUUUCAGAGUUUGCUGUAACAGCUGAACAUGAAACCGAGGAUGGCAUGGCUAAAUCUGAGUCAAAAACUGCCAUCAAGCGAUUUCGUGAACAUGAUAGUGAUACUGAGUCAGAAGUUGAUGAUAUUGCUGUUAGUGCUAACAUAUCGACAUCUUUUCCAGAUCUUGACAAUCCGGUGAAUGCAGCUUCUGACCCUUGGCACGAGUCCCCAAAAUCUGAAGCUCCUGAGUUUGAUACCAGGGUUUUCUUUUCUUUUGAUUGGGAGAAUGAGGGGCCUUAUGAAAAAGCAAUUGACCGAUUAAUUAAUGAAGGAAAACUGAUGGAUGCUCUUGCUCUUUCUGAUCGUUUUUUACGUAAUGGAGCAUCUGACCAGUUACUUCAGUUACUCAUUGAACGUGGGGAGGAAAAUAAUUCUGUCUCGGGACAAUCUCAAGGGUAUGCAGUUCAUAGCAUGUGGAGCAAUAGUUGGCAGUAUUGUCUGAGAUUGAAGGAUAAACAGCUGGCAGCUAGACUUGCACUCAAAUAUUUGCACAGAUGGGAACUGGAUGCUGCUCUGGAUGUUAUCACUAUGUGCAGCUGCCACUUGCCUGAAGGCGAUCCAGUUAAGAAUGAGGUUGUUCAAAUGAGACAAGAUCUCUUGAGAUACAAGCACAUUUUAUCUGCGGAUGAUCAUUACUGCAGCUGGCAAGAGGUUGAAGCAGAGUGUAAGGAAGAUCCUGAGGGUCUUGCCCUUCGAUUGGCUGGCAAAGGAGCUGUUUCUGCUGCCUUAGAAGUGGCUGAAAGCGCAGGAUUAUCUAUUGAUUUGCGGAGAGAACUGAAAGGGCGUCAACUCGUGAAACUUCUUAUAGCAGACCCUCUGAAUGGUGGAGGUCCAGCUGAAGCUUCACGUUUUCUUUCUUCCCUACGUGACACUGAUGAUGCUCUCCCAGUUGCCAUGGGUGCAAUGCAGCUGUUGCCUAACCUGCGGUCAAAGCAGCUUCUUGCAAUUGUGUUUUAUGAACUUGCUUUCCACUUCAAUCCUCAUUGUGCAGAGACAUGCAACAAUUUAGGAGUGAUAUACAAAGACUGUGACAACCUUGAUAAAGCUGUGGAGUUUGGCUUUAUCCACUGGUCUGCUGCUGCUGCUGUCGGUGUGCUGCUACAGAAUUUUGUUGUGAAGCGGGCUGCUACUAGAUGCUGGUCUACUGUUGAAGCAGAGUGUAAGGAAGAUCCUGAGGGUCUUGCCCUUCGAUUGGCUGGCAAAGGAGCUGUUUCUGCUGCCUUAGAAUUGGCUGAAAGUGCAGGAUUAUCUAUUGAUUUGCGGAGAGAACUGAGAGGGCGUCAACUUGUGAAACUUCUUAUAGCAGACCCUCUAAAUGGUGGAGGUCCAGCUGAAGCUUCACGUUUUCUUUCUUCCCUACGUGACACUGAUGAUGCUCUCCCAGUUGCCAUGGGUGCAAUGCAGCUGUUGCCUAACCUGCGGUCAAAGCAGCUUCUUGCUUGCCUCCUCUGGUUCUAGGCACUGCUUUCAUUGUGUUCUGAUGAGUUGGUGUCUGCCAAAGGUGCUCUGGAUUUGUGCAUUAAUCAGAUGAGAAGUGUGUUGAGCUCCCAGCAGUUGCCUGAGAAUGCAUCUAUGGAAACCAUUGGUCGUGCAUAUCAUGCCACAGAAACAUUUGUACAGGGACUGUUUUUUGCUAAAUCCUUGUUGAGAAAACUUGCUGGGGGCAGUGAUUUGUCAAGUAAUUCUGAAAGAGGUAAGGAUGCUGAUGAUGCAUCCUCUGAUGCCGGAAGCUCUAGUGUUGGUAGUCAGUCCACUGAUGAGCUGUCUGAAGUUCUAUCACAAGCUGAUAUUUGGUUGGGACGUGCUGAACUGCUGCAAAGCCUUCUGGGAUAUGGAAUCCCUGCUUCCCUCGAUGAUAUUGCUGAUCAAGAGUCAUCUGCACAUCUCCGUGAUCGGUUGAUUCUAGAAGAACGGUACAGCAUGGCUGUAUAUACUUGCAAAAAGUGUAAAAUUGAUGUUUUUCCUGUGUGGAAUGCAUGGGGGCAUGCGUUGAUUCGGAUGGAGCACUAUGCACAAGCUCGUGUGAAAUUUAAGCAAGCUCUUCAAUUGCACAAGGGUGAUUCUGCACCUGUGAUUCUGGAGAUCAUUAAUACAAUCGAAGGAGGUCAACCUGUUGAUGUUUCGGCUGUUCGUUCCAUGUAUGAACAUUUGGCUAGAAGUGCACCAGCAAUUUUGGAUGAUUCUCUCUCUGCUGAUUCAUAUCUUAAUGUUCUUUACAUGCCUUCCACAUUUCCACGUUCGGAGAGAUCCAGGCGAUACCAAGAAUCAACUACUGAUAAUUCUUUGCCUAGUUCAGAAUUUGAAGGUGGACCUCGAAGCAACCUGGACAGCAUUAGAUACAAUGAAUGUGUUAACUAUUUACAAGAAUAUACCCGCCAGCAUUUGCUUGGUUUUAUGUUCCGGCAUGGCCACUACAGGGAGGCUUGCCUUCUGUUCUUUCCUCCAAAUGCUGUUCCUCCACCUCCUCAACCAUCAUCGCUCGGCGUAGUUACUUCUUCAUCUUCCCCUCAAAGACCAGAUCCGUUAGCAACUGAUUAUGGGACCAUUGAUGAUUUGUGCGACAUGUGCAUUGGUUAUGGUGCCAUGUCUGUUUUAGAAGAAGUACUAUCAACAAGAAUGUCAUCUGCAACACCACAAGAUGUUGGAGUUAACCAAUAUACGGCUGCAGCACUUGCCCGCAUUUGUGUCUAUUGCGAAUCCCAUAGGCAUUUCAAUUAUCUACACCAAUUUCAGGUGAUCAAGAGGGACCAUGUGGCAGCUGGCCUUUGCUGUAUUCAGUUAUUUAUGAACUCUUCUUUGCAAGAGGAAGCUAUACAGCAUUUGGAAAAUGCCAAGAUGCAUUUUGAUGAAGGGUUGUCAGCACGAUACAAAGCAGGAGAUUCUACUAAGCUUGUCCCUAAGGGCAUACGAGGAAAAAGUCCCUCAGAAAAGCUUUCGGAAGAAGGACUCGUCAAGUUUUCGGCUCGGAUUGCAAUCCAGGUGGAUGUUGUGAGAUCAUUUAAUGAUACAGAUGGCCCACAGUGGAAGUAUUCUCUCUUUGGAAAUCCAAAUGACACCGAAACCUUCAGGAGAAGGUGUAAGAUUGCGGAGACUCUUGCUGAGAAGAAUUUUGACCUGGCAUUCCAACUGAUCUACGAGUUUGAUCUUCCUGCUGUUGAUAUAUAUGCUGGUGUUGCUGCAUCACUUGCUGAAAGGAAAAGAGGAGGCCAGCUGACAGAGUUUUUCAGAAACAUUAAAGGCACAAUUGAUGAUGAUGAUUGGGACCAGGUUUUGGGGGCUGCAAUUACCGUUUAUGCUAACAAACACAAAGAAAGACCAGACCGUCUGAUAGACAUGUUAACUAGUAGCCACAGGAAGGUGCUGGCUUGUGUGGUCUGUGGUCGUCUUAAAAGUGCCUUCCAAAUUGCUUCACGAAGUGGAAGUGUGGCGGACGUUCAAUAUGUUGCACAUCAGGCAUUACAUGCUAAUGCACUCCCUGUGCUUGAUAUGUGCAAGCAAUGGUUGGCUCAGUACAUGUAAAUUUUUUUCUCAAGGGUGUUAUAGCUAAUUUGAGUGCUGCAAGUUUACGAGCCAUGCGUCUUAACUGUACUAUUUCCAGAGGAAAAUGGAAAUCCAUGGAUCAACCUCAAACCGAGCCCAAAUUUAAGGAGUUGGUGAUGCUUGAAUUUUGGAAGCAAUGCAUGUUUGCUUAAUUGGUUCAUGUUCUUGCCAUCUCCUCAAUUGUCUUAUUAGAGCUUCCUGUGACUGCAAGUAUCGUUGUUGAAGCUGCCUUCAAACUUCACUGACAUGGUGUUGUAAUUCUAGCCCAAAGGAGGAUUUGUAAAGGUUUGAAAGUAUAUCCUUCAAACAUCAUCCCAAUCCCAAGUUGCCUUGCAAAAUUUAGACCCUUUGGAUGUAAGCGGAGAUCAAAGGAAUUGCCAAAGCUACUUCAGUAUGUUUCUCGUUUGAUUUGAAAGGAAAAACAAAUUCCAUUUGAUUUGUAAUUGUAGAAUUGUGGAGGGAAAGCAAAUAUGUAAAUAGUUUUAUGUAUAUGAGCGGGAGAGAGAGAGAGAGAGAUCAUUCAUUUUUGCUUUAAAUUUUUCCGUAGCUAUUGAAGUUUUCACAGCUAGUUUGGUGACGUGGUUGGAUUUGAUGAGGUAAAGUUAUCGCUGAUUGACAAUGUGAUUAUUUUGAUUUUGUAAAGCUAUGAGAACCCUUGGGGUGGUUUUUAUU